GUACAAUUGUAGCUCAUAUUAGAUUCUUAUCUUCUUUCCCUCUGAGGAAACAGAGGAUAGCGUCAUAGCAGCAAUGGCUUCUGCAAGAGAACAAAUUUAUUUUCUGGCAAUCGUCCUUCUAUUCUCUCAUUCGAAACUAAUGUUAUCAAAUGCUGCUAUAACAGGGGAACCAAUUCCCGCUGAAUGGCCCCAUCAGUUCCACGCGUUGAUGUUCAUGAACCAAAGCGGAACUCUUCAGAAACUGGACUUGUGGUACGACUGGCCCAACGGCCGCAACUUCAACAUAAUUCAGAAUCAGCUCGACCACCUCGUAACAUACGACCUCGAAUGGAACAACGGCACCUCCUUCGUCUACACUCUCGACCCCUCCGAACCCACGUGCCAAGUCCUGCACGUGGAAGUGGGCAUUCUCCGCCCCAAUUGGCUCCACGGUGCAACCUAUUUGGGUCAGCAACAUGUUGGUAAUUUCCUCUGCAACGUGUGGGAGAAAGUUGAUUUCAUUGUCUACUACGAGGAUGUCCUCACUCGUAGGCCUGUUAAGUGGGUCUUCUACACAGGAUACACUGCUCACGUGAUGACAUUUGAGGUUGGUGCAGUGCUUGAGGAUCCAAAUUGGCAGGCUCCUGUGUAUUGUUUUAGUGAGAAUGGGAAGGAAAACAAUAGCCCCAUUUUAAGACAUGCUGUUCCUGGUGGUUCUCUUGGGAGUUUGAUGAGAGGGAUAACUGUUUGGGAAACUAUGUAAUUAUGAAAUAGAUAGUGGCAAUGGCAUAUGCACUAUGUUCGAUAAUUUUGAUGCACUAGAGGUGCUCAUGCAUCAUUGUGUUGGAAAUAAACUGUGAUAGUCUUUGGAACUUAUGCCAGACCAAGCAUUUAGAAAUUUUGUUGAAUUUGUUCUGUUGUAGAGUGGGAAGUAUAGAAUGUUUUGUUGCUUUUAA